AUGGAACAAGAUGUCAUAAAUUUGAAAAACCAUACUACUCGAUAUAAAGUACUGAAAGAUGAAGAAAUAAAACAAAAAGCCCUGAAGACAUAUAUGGAUAGCGAUGAGUAUAAAAAAGAAGUUGAAGCAAAUGUAAAGGCAGAAAAACUUUUACAGUUGCAAAACCAAACCGUACAGUAUGAAAACUUAGCACAAGAAAGUAAAAAUAACGACGCGGCUAUGCAAAAGGCAAUGAAAAGCGCAGAAUAUAUAAAAGCUAACAAUGACUGGUUAGAUGCCCAAGCCAACGCUAAAGCAGCCCAACUUAUAGGGUCAAUAAGGACAAAAAUACAAGCGGAUGAAGACAGUUCAAAUGAAGCUUUAACAAAUGCUGACUUUAAGAACGCCUUCGAAGCUCUUCAUAGUAAGGUGAAACAAGUGAACGACUUCUCAUCUGGAAAGAAACUGAAGUCUGAAGGUUUCGACAAAGAGUUAAAAGAAGUAGCACAAAAUAUGACGAAAAUAACAGAUGCAGCAACGAGACAGGCAGUUCAAAGUGCCUAUGACGCCGUUAGAGCAACUGUUGUGAAAAGUCAAGAAAAAGAGUUACAACAGACCAAAACAGACCUAGUAAAUGCUUUCUUAAAAACGAAAAGUCAGGUAGGACAUUACGCUGCAGAUGGAACAUAUGUGCCAGCUGGUGGAACUUAUAUACCACCAAACCCUCCAAGAGAAGCACCUGCACCAGGACUACCUAGAACAUUUACAUCGUCACAUGGACACAGACACAGGCAUGCACAACAACCAGCACAACAACCACCUCCACAACCAGCACAACAACCAACACAACAACCAGCACAGCAACCAACAGUUCAAAACCCUGCACAACAACAACCACAAACAGAGCAAGGACAUAAAAGAAGUAGAGAACAAGGAAACCAAGAAUUCUUAAAAAUGCUUAAAGAAGAGUGUGGUUUCCCAGAUACUGUUGACUUUA